AAGGAGCAGGAGGAUUAUCUUGGAGACGUCACAUCUACGGCGUGUUAUGUUUUUGUUUUUUUCGUCAGAAAGAAGACGCAUUUUUUUAUUAUUAUUAUGAGUUUUUCUUCAACUAAUUAGACUUAUCUAACCAGCACAUAACCUGAAGAGGCGUGAACUUUUUAAAAUUUGAUACCGCCGAAUAAAAACAAAGAAGAAAAAGGACAUCUGUCGUCAUGACGACCAAGAGUGGCCUUAUAACUGACUCAUUUAAAGUCGUGAAGAAAGAAAGAAAAGUGACAAAAAAAGAUAAGGGACCCAUUGCUCCUUCAUCACAGGACACUGUGACUGAAACAUGCCAACAUGAAGAGCAACAGAAACUACAACAGUUUGACCUUGACUGGAGAUUCGGGCCCAGUACAGGGAUCAGCAGGCUGCAGAGAUGGGAGAGGGCAAAGCUGCAUGGUUUGGAUCCACCUGAGGAGAUCCGGGACUUGCUUCUACAAAACCAAACUGAUCCAGAGUACAAUCUAAGUUUAUGGCGUGAAUAUCCCUUGUGAGGACCAACGAAGAAGAAGAUAACUUCACUAUCAAGGAUUGUAUGUUAACAUACUUGCACUGAAUGUAUAAAGGGUGUCGCUAAAAUCUGGAAAUAUAGUAUACAUAAUACAUUAUACUAAAAUAAAUAAAUAAAUAAUAAUAAACUAUAAAAACACAAAAUCAUUGUUUUGACAAUUAAAAUUAAAUACUUUAACUUAAAUAUAAUAUAAAUACCGGUAAUUGAAAUGUUUUAAAUAAAAUAAUAAUGAAAAUAAAUAUUUAUAUUAUAUAGGAUAUGAAUAUAAUAAAUAGAAAAAAAUACGACACCCUGUAGUUUCAUACACUACCGGCAUACACAAUCCUAAGGAUUUUGAAUACAGCUUGGACAGUUACGACAUUUUAACAGUCAGAGGAGUAAUCAUUUAGAAACAAUUUAAUUCUUGCAUUUGUAUUCUGCAAUGGUGAAACAUGUCAUAAUCUCUCAUAAUAAUUUUCUAUUCUGCUUGUCCUCAUUAAUGGAAGCCGGUGUCUAUCCCAGCUGGCUUCGGCUGCUGCGGAAAUAUAAAGCAACUGUCCAUUGUCAGCAAAGUCUAACUUGUACAAAACUGUAUGUUCCUUCCCAGCAGGCAUUAGACAUUGAUGCAGUGUUGUUUUUAUACAUACAUGUCCUUUAAAACUGACUUUGAAACAACAUUGCAAUAUAGUAGUAUUUGUAAAUUGAUACAAUUUUGAUGUCCAACGUUGGAACCACAUUGUUGGUUGGGAAAUGACUAAAUUUCAAUGGUCAAAUCAAUGUUGCAACCUGACAUUGAAUAAUAAUAAUAAACGUAGUCAAAAAGCAUGUUGUUUCAACAUUGCAUUUGUGUUGUAGAAUAUUGGUUGGGAAAUGGCCAAAUUUCAGUGGUCAAAUCAACGUCAGAACUCGUCAAAAAACAUGUUGUUUCAACGUUAUGUUUGAGUUGCUUAAUGUCAGAACCUAAUCGGUAGGUUGUGAGUUCAAACCCCGGCCGAGUCAUACCAAAGACUAUAAAAAUGGGACCCAUUACCUCCCUGCUUGGCACUCAGCAUCAAGGGUUGGUAUUGGGGGUUAAAUCACCAAAAAUGAUUCCCGGGCGCGGCACCGCUGCUGCCCACUGCUCCCCUCACCUCCCAGGGGGUGAACAAGGGGAUGGGUCAAAUGCAGAGGACAAAUUUCACCACACCUAGUGUGUGUGUGACAAUCAUUGGUACUUUAACCUUUAACCUUUAAUUCACCAAGUUCUCAAUGUAGUUUGAAUCUCUUGUGUCCGCUGGGUUAUUAUGAUUGUAGUUUUUAGUGCAUUCCAUGCAAGCUUUUAUUGUUGUAGUUCCUGUAAACACGUUUCCUGUGACCAGGGUUCACACCUGGAAGAUGCCCGAUAUCAUCCAAACUUCUAGUGGUUCCCUGUGUAGACAUGAGUCCUCCAUUUCUGCGCUAGUACUUCCUUUUUAUCUUAUUCCUAGCUUUUGCACAUUUAGUGUCCUUCACCCUCUUUUACGGAUUAGUUUUUGUUCCUUGUUUCUCCAGCGUAUUCCUGGACUAACUUGUUGCUCUAUUCCUGGCUACUAAAUGGUAAAUGGGUAUAUAGCGCUUUUCUACCUUCAAGGUACUCAAAGCGCUUUGACACUAUUUCCACAUUCACCCAUUCACACACACAUUCACACACUGAUGGCGGGAGCUGCCAUGCAAGGCCCUAACCACGACCCAUCAGGAGCAAGGGUGAAGUGUCUUGCUCAAGGACACAACGGAUGUGACUAAGUUGGGAUCGAACCAGGAACCCUCAGGUUGCUGGCACGGCCACUCUCCCAACCUCGCCACACCGUCCCCUACCAAAACCCUCUUCACUUCUAGUUUGGAUGUUGAUUGUUAUUUUGAUUUCUAUAUUUUUUUCACAGAUCUGUCUGUGGAUCUUUGUACUUUAUUUUCAACACACUUAUAUCUGCCGUUGUUUGGGUAUUUUGCAUUACCUUAAAUAAAUGGUUUGUGGUU